AUGUUGAUAUCUAAUCAUCCUGAGGUUAUUCCAAUUUUCUUCCACUCCUCGGAAAUCUCUAUUGCUUGUCAAACUGGCAGAUAUCCAAGUGGUCUCUACGCUUUCGAUGGUGGACAAAGAUGACUUCGAAUUUUAAACUUGGCCAACAAUCGAUUUCGUGCAAUACCGUUGCUCAAAUCCGUUCCGGAAGGUACAGAAUCUGAUGAUGAUGAAGAAGAACUAGCCACUCCUCGACAAUUAUCUCCAGCACAAAAGGAACGAUCACUGACGAGACCGGCGAACCACAUAAUAUAUGAGACGGACGGUUCCGUUGAAGAGGAACAGGCUAUUAAACCUCACCCGGAGUCGCAUUCCAUUCAUAUAAACGGGAAGAAAAUGGAUCUCAGUUUCACAUCUUCAUUCAAGUCACUUGGUCAGGACGGAACAAUAGUCUGUCCACCCGACCCGGUCACAACAGAAAGAACAAACUUCAUCAGUGAAAAUCCGGUUAUGGGGCAAGAUGAGACAGUUGUACGAGGAAGACGAAAACCCAGAAAAUCGGGUAAGACUCAGUUCCUGUAUCACUGUACGUAUAAUCUGAUUUCCAUCUGGGGUUACUGA